AUGAUUGUCGUCCUUCUACUAUUGCUACCAGCUGGGUCGGCGCUUUGUCCUGACACUGUCACUUGCAUCAAUCGUGUGAAAGAGGUGGUUGCUGCUCCGCGAAAGUAAGU